GUGAGGUGUCAAAGAUGCCGCUCAGUGCAUUCACCCUAAGAGACACUUCAGGAGUUCAUUCAGAUUUGGCACUAGGACUCUCAGAGCUGGAGCAAAAGCUUUGCCAGCAUUUCCAACGCAUUGAAAUAAGAGGGAAAAGAAACAGGAAAGUUCCCCUCCUUUUAACACCGGACAUGCUGUCCUCAAUGGAAGCCUUGGUUGCACAUCGGCGGGCCUGUGGUGUACCGAAUGAAAAUCCCUUUUUCUUCUCCAGACCUGAAGCAGAGACUCACUUGAGGGGAUCAGAUGCCAUCAGACAGAUUGCAAGGGAAUGCGGGGCCAAGCAUCCUGAAACUCUGUCCUCAACGAAGUUGAGAAAACAUGUAUCGACACUGUCCACAGUCCUGAACCUUAGAGAUAAUGAGAUGGACAUACUCGCAAAUUUUCUCGGCCAUGACAUCCGUGUGCAUAGACAGUACUAUAGACUACCUGAAGGAACACUGCAGUUGGCCAAGGUCAGCAAAGUGCUGAUUGCCCUAGAACAAGGCCGACUGUCAGACUUCAAGGGAAUGAGCCUGGACGAGAUCCAAAUCGAUCCCAAUGAGGGAGUGCUAGAGGCUGUAGACAGUGAUCAUUCAGAGACAGAGAGGGACUCAUCUGUCUGCUCCUCUUCGUCAGGAUCGUCAAGAUGUAAUACAAGACAGCCUACCAUGGAUGAGUUUGGAUCCUCAACAACUAAGAAAAGAAAGAAAAUGGAGUCUGACAGUGAUGACCCGGACACAGGACCUUCAAGAUCCAACAGUGGACAGUGGACCUCUGAUGAGCCUGGCAGUGUUGAACCUACUAUCGUAGGAUCCUCAAAAUCUAAAAAAAGACAGCGACUUGAAACAGAAACCUCUAAGAGGAGGAAUUGGUCAUUUGUGGAGGUCCAGGCUGUUGAAAAAACACUAAAAGCCUUCAUAGAAUCUGGUAAAGUACCAGGGAAAUCAGAGUGUGUUUCCUGUAUUCAAGCUUCACCAGAUGCUCUUCAAAAGAGAAGCUGGACGGCGGUGAAGUUCUAUGUUAAGAAUCGGAUUACUGCCAUUCAGUGUGAAAGCGCAAAAAGACUUUACUGAAUGUGUGUUGGUGCAUGUGAUGCUCUUAGUUGUUACUUGUUGAUGAAUGUGAUGCCCUGUGUACUUGUUGUCACUAGGAGUGAAUGUUUUAAACCAAUUAUGCUGCAACUAUUUUGAUUAUUGAUUAAUCUUUUUUAAUUAUUUUCUUGAUUAAUUGAUUCGUUGUUUAAUCUAUAAAAUGUCAGAAAAUGGUGAAAAAUGUUCACCAGUUUUUCCGAAAUCGCUAAGAUGGCGUCCUCAAAUGUCUUGUUUUAUUCAUAACUCAAAGAUCUUCAGUUUACUGUCAGAGGACUAAAGA